AUGGUCGCGCAUGCGAACAUUGCGACGACCCCUGCGACGGAGACGGUCACGACAGUGGAUCCGACGUCGCCCGACUUCUGCGGCGAGGACGGAACAGUGCUCGUGCGACCACUAGCGGACAUCCAGGCCGGCGAUAGGAAGGGAAAGAAGUUCCACGUGCACACCUUCGGAUGCCAGAUGAACAUGGCGGACAGCGAGCGCAUGGCGGGCGUCCUCGAAGCAAUGGGGUACGAGGCGACGGAGGACCCGGAUCAAGCCGCCGUGCUGGUCUACAACACGUGCAGCAUCCGCGACAAGUCCGAACAGAAGGUGUAUUCUGCUCUGGGGCGGCAGCGCGAGCGGCGGCGGAGGGACCCGAGCAUGCGCGUGGUGGUGGCGGGGUGCGUGGCGCAGCAGGAGGGGCACGCGCUGCUGCGACGCGUGCCUGAGGUUGACAUUGUGAUGGGGCCGCAGCACGCUAACAGACUGCACGAACUGCUGGAGCAGGUGGAUCUGGGGGCGCAGGUGGUUGCAACAGAGCCAAUCCACAUCGUGGAAGAUAUUGCCACGCCCAGGAGGGAGUCCACAAUCACAGCAUGGGUCAACGUCAUAUAUGGGUGCAAUGAGAGAUGCACGUACUGUGUGGUGCCGGGGGUGAGGGGCACGGAGCAGUCACGAGAGCCAGAGGCCAUUCGCCAGGAGAUGCAGCGACUGGCAGCAGCAGGAUACAAGGAGGUCACGCUGCUGGGGCAGAACAUCGACGCGUAUGGGCGCGACCUGGGGGGGUCGGCAGAGGAUGGGUCUGGCAGGAGGAAAUGGACGCUCACUGACUUGCUGCGAUACGUGCAUGAUGUGGAGGGCAUUGAGAGGAUUCGCUUUGCUACUUCGCAUCCGCGCUACUUCACAGAGCGGUUGAUCCGGGCGUGUGCAGAGCUGCCCAAAGUGUGCAAGUUCUUUCAUAUCCCCUUCCAAUCCGGGGACAACGACAUUCUCAAGGCCAUGGCACGCGGCUACACGAGGGAGCGCUAUCUGGAUAUCCUCGCCACCAUUCGCCGCUACAUGCCCCAUGCUGCCAUCAGCGCUGACGUCAUCGUUGGCUUCCCAGGGGAGACGGAGGAGCAAUUCCAAAACACUCUGCGGGUCCUGGAAGAGGUUCGUUUUGACCAAGUCAACACAGCAGCCUACUCGCCACGCCCCAACACACCAGCAGCUGACUGGCCCAACCAGGUGGCAGAGCUGGUGAAGAUAGACCGACUGCAGCGCAUCAAUGAGAUGGUACUGACGCACUGCUUGGAGCGCAACCAGCGGUACCUAGGGCGCAUUGAGCCACUGCUGGUGGAGGGAGUAAACGCGCGAGCAGGGCGAGAAGGCGAGGUCAUGGGCCGCACAGACACCAACCGCCUCACUUUCUUCAAGGGCGGCCCGGAGCUCAUCGGGCAGAUAGUGCCGCAUCCCCCUCUGCUCCACGACCAGCAAGCACACUUCCACUCCCAGCCAUACUUGGAGCCGAGAGUGGUUUCCAGCCACAGCUUCACUCUUUAG